CUCAAUGAAUGAUGAUGAUAUGAUUUAAAGGGAAAAAAGUAUUUGAAAAUUUGUUUACUAAGAAAAAUGUUAGAAUGCAUUAUUUAAGAAAUGACGAUGUCACUUGUAUGCAUUACUUAUUACGAAUUUUAAUCCAUAAAAAACCAUCGUUAUCAUUAAUUUUGUGCUUUGUUAAUUAUGUGACAUUAAGAGUAAUAAGAUUAUCGCGUUUCAAAAUAAAGUUAAACUUUAUACAAGAAGAUGAAUUUCAACGUGCAAUUCUUAAAUAUUGUAAAGAUAGAAAUUUUUAUGCAGACAGUAAUUCUUGUGCUUUUGGCAAUGUUGCUCAAAGUAAAGAAUUUGCAUCUUGGUGCUACUUGUGUUCAUUUGUGUCUCCCAAGAGGUACAAAAUACUUAUUAUUAAUUUAGAAAAUAUUCCAAAGGAUAAUAUUUACAUAUCAGAUGUAAUGAAAUUUAAUAUUGACAAUGCUUUAAUGACAGAUAGUAAAAUGUCAUCGUACUGUGCCUAUUCUACUGUUGAAAAAAAUUUGAUAUUUGCAACAGAAGUGAUAAUAUCUCAAAUUGCGAAUGCUUAUGAGUGUCCUAUUGAUUGUAUUGACUCCUUAUUAAAAAACUACUUUUCUACACCUCGAUAUUUACGUUCUCAAGACAUAUUUAGUGUACAGAUAAAGGAAUACUGUGCUGACUGUUAUUAUUCAACGACUCUGUCUAGUGAUACAAAAAUUUACUUUAAAGUCAGAGAUAUAAAGAGUCAAAAUUUAAAGGAAAGUUUUCAUGGUUUUUAUGUGAUGCGAGAAAAAACAACACUUAUUUUAGAAAAUGCCAUUCAACACUAUUUGCCAACGAUGAAUUUUAACUUUCAACAGUUCAAUGUAAAUAAUUGGAAAUUAGACAAUAUGUACUCAGAAUGUCCGCCAUGUCUUGAAGAAUCUCUGCGUCAUUUGAAAACUUCGAUUUUUCCUUUUUUACAAAAAGAUGUGCGGAUAAACGUGAAUCCAAUGUUUCUGAUAGAAGGCUCAGAAGGAAGUGGGAAAUUUAAAUUAGUGCAAAUUGCCUCACGGCAAUUGGGCUUGCAUUUAUAUGAUAUAGACUUUAGAGAGAUACAGACCUUAACUUCUGUACAAACUGAAGCAAAACUCCGAAUAGCGAUAUCUAAUGCAGAACACUGUCUUCCAUGUAUUUUAUGCUUCCGCAACAUUCAGAUAUUUGGAAUAAAUGCAGAGGGGAAAAAAGAUGAGAGAAUUAUUUCUGCUUUCGAGAAAGAAAUAAAGAAAGUGUUCGAUGCAAACUUGAAUUAUCCCCUUAUCGUAAUAGCGACAUGUGAAAACUCAGAUCUUCCGGUGAAAUUGAAACGACUAUUUUUGGAAAAGAUUACUUUAAGUCAUCUAAGUCAAAAUCAAAGAUCAGAGAUAUUGUCCUAUUUGUUGCAAAUUAAAGGAAUUGUUAAUAAAUCGGAUUUACAAAAAAUUGUAGGUCUUUGCUCAGACUUUGUUUUGGCAGAUUUUGAAGCUUUAAUAUUACAUGCUGUAAAAACAAAGUACAAUAGAAACACAUUGCCACAAACAAGUGAUCAGUCUGCUGUUCUUUCAGAGGAGGAUUUUAAUAAUGCAUAUGAAUAUAUGCAAUCUAUAAUUUCCGACCGUAUAGGCACUCCACACGUACCAAAAGUCUAUUGGAAGGACAUUGGAGGCAUUGGAGAUUUAAAACAUGAAAUUAUAAAAAGAAUUGAGUUGCCCUUAUUGUAUAAUGUUGAAAUAGGUCAGUCGGGUUUACUUCUGUACGGUCCACCUGGAACUGGCAAGACCCUCCUUGCCAAAGCUGUUGCCACUGAAUGUCAACUUCAUUUCUUCUCCAUUAAGGGGCCUGAAUUAUUGAAUAUGUAUGUCGGUCAGAGUGAAAAAAAUGUACGCCAAGUAUUCGAACGAGCCAGAGCUGCUGCACCAUGCAUCAUCUUCUUCGACGAAUUGGACUCAUUAGCACCAAACAGAGGUCAAAGUGGUGACAGCGGUGGAGUUAUGGACAGAGUUGUUUCUCAGCUUCUAGCAGAAAUGGACGGUUUAGAAAGUUCAAAUAACAUUUUUAUCAUUGGUGCAACAAACAGACCUGACCUCAUCGAUCCAGCUUUAUUGAGACCUGGAAGAUUUGACAAAAUGUUAUACGUGGGAAUUUACUCUGACAAGAAUUCACAAAUUAGCGUCUUACAAGCCCUGACGAGGAAGUUCAAUUUGAAAAAUAAGGGAAAGGAAUUAGAAGCAUUGGUUGAUGAACUCCCCUCUAAUUUAACUGGGGCUGAUUUAUACUCCGUUUGCUCUAGUGCUUGGCUUCUAGCGGUACGGAAAAGUCUCACAAAAAUAUCAUCUACUGAAAAUAAAGCAAUGGAAUCAAAUUAUACUAAAACUUCAAUACACGAUGAAAUUGUAGUGGAAUUGGAUGAUCUUAUGACUGCAGCUCGUGACCUAACGCCUUCUGUUAGUUUGUCGGAGUUAAAAAAGUAUGAAAAAUUACGGGACAAAACAAAAUAAAGUUUUUAAUGUAUUUUUUUAAUAAAAAUAAUUAUAACAAAAAAAAAA